AUGACGGCGUGUCUGAAAGAUUACAGACCAGCCGGCAUGUGUGCAGAAUUCAACACUGAGCUUCAAAAAAUCCGCACCAAUUUUUUUGCUAAUUGCAAAGACGAUAGUCCUCCAUGUCCAGUAUCCUACAAUUCUACCGAGGCAUACAAAUAUGGUAAAUGUUAUGAUAUGGUAUCAACAACAUCAUCCUCAGCUUCGACUAUUCAAUUGACUACAGUACCUUCAGCGGACACUGGAACUACGCCUUUGGAAAACAGAACUAAACCCCCAGAAAACAGAACAAGUAAUACGCCUGGUGAAGAAGACGCAAAUAUCUCAACAACAGCAGUAGUAAUAAUUAUAAUAUUAGUUAUUGUAAUUAUUACAAUAACUCUGGUUUUCCUUUGGUGUUAUAAAAAGAGGAAAAAGCAAUCCAAUGGGAAAGGAAUUGAAAACAUUAGCCAGGACAAUGAUAGUCUACCUUUGCAAGAAAAAGAAAUGAUGUUAAUGAAGGACAAGUCAGUUUCGUGAGGAGGACAUUGCUUUAAAGAAAAGAGAAAAGAAACAAAUCUUAAACGUUAUUAAGUGGUU